AUGGUUGAUCAACCAGACCAACUAGAAGAUAUUGAUACAAAUGAAGAUUUUAUGGAGGAACAAGGACUACUAGCACGCUUACCAUACUACAUAGAUGAUUCAGAUUUUUCAAAUCAAUUAGAUCUUAUAAAAAAACUAAAACGUUCAUUAGGUAAUGGUGGAAAACACCGAAUUCGAUAUACAUUACCAUCAAUAGUUAAUUGUUUAUUAAAUAUUUCUGAAAGAUAUUCUAAAAAUUGUUUAGAUGACAAAGAAACUAAAGAAGAAUUUAUUUUGGAUAUAUUCAAAUUUGUUAUGAGUACUGUUAAUACAAUUUACCUAAAUGGUGAAAUGGCAGUACCGGCUUUUAGGUAUUAUUUACAAGCAGCCACUGCUGCAAGCAAAUUAAAAUUUGAUGCUUGUGAAUCGGUCGUGUACGAACUUAUUACAAAAGCAUUUACAUUGUUUGAAGAAGAUAUUAGUGAUAGUAAAGAACAACAGGAUGCAUUAUAUCUUCUUAUAGGAACAAUUUCAUUUAUAUCAUGUUUAUCAGAAGAAAAUCAUGCACCUUUGAGAAAUCAAUGUUUUUUGGCUGUAAAUAAAAUGUUGAGAAAACCUGAUCAAGCAAAGAUGAUAUGUUCUGUUGCUUCAUUAUACUGGGAAUCUAUGGUAACUGAAAAUAAUGAAGUAAAACCUGUACAUAAUGGAGGUAAAGUAUUGGAUUGUUUCAAGAAGGCACUUAAAGUUACAGCACAGUGCAUGGAAGAAAUUGUUCAAAUUACAUUAUAUACAUAUAUUCUUAACUAUUAUAUCUAUUUUUAUGAGAACGGAUGUACUGAAAUUACUGAAGAAACCAUUCAAGAAAUGAUUGUAAAAAUUAAAAACAAUAUUGAAUUACUAGACUACUAUACUGACAACAGCUUCUUGAGAGAUGGAUUAGAAAAAACAGUUGAUCAUAUUAAACAAAUUAAAAAUGAUAACACAAAAUCUCUCUAUAAAUCACUUACUUUGUAA